UAACACCGUUUUUCUAUUUUCGGUUUUGCAACUAUAACUAAAAAACUUUAAUAAAUUAAAGCACAUUAACGUUUAACUGUGUUAUUGUGUAUUCUACAUUAAACACAAUGACUUGCUCAGUAUUAAAGGUGAAAUUCAACAAUGAGAAGACAUGCUUUAUAUCAUUAACUGCUGGGAUUUUUAAAUCAAUAGAAAAGGACCUGGAGGUGUUUGAGAUCGUGGGUGACGGGGGCAGGAAUGUCUACCUCAGCUGGGCGGGGGACACCCUGCGGGCUGGCAAGGAGGAAGGGGUCAUACAGAUGAAUGGACUACUGGGGGAAAAACUCGGCUUGAUAGAUAGUAUGCCGGUUAUGGUCCGUAACAUCACCACAGUGGUUCCCAUCUGUACUAGCUGUCAGGUGGAACCGGUCACCCCUGAUGACUGGGAAAUACUGGAUCGUCACACAGGCUUUAUUGAGUCCAACCUGAUGAACAAGCUGCGUAUAGUACAGAAGGGAGCCGUGUAUCCUGUCUGGGUCGAUAGGGUCUGCAUCUUUAUCAAGAUAGCUAACAUCAGUCCAGAGCAUGAUUGUGUCAAACUGGUGAAUGAAACUGAAGUCCAUGUCAUGCCAAAAGUGAGAGGCUCUUUGAUUGGACAGACUCUGCCACCUCAACCAAUCAGAACUGGGCUGAAUCUCCCUUUGACAGCAGAUGAUGAAGAGAAUAUGAACCCCAAAUUCAAUUCCAUAGACUCUGAUGAAUCGAACAGACAGCCUCAGAAAAAUCAGAAACAAUUUGACCUUUCAUCGAGUAUAUCAAGUCAUUGGAAGUAUCUUGUUGGUUAUCUUGGGUUCAAUCGGGGCCGCAUAGAAAGCAGAAUGCCUGCCUCAGACGAUGAAGAUGAUUUUGUUGAGGAGGAUUACAUGGAACCCACAGACAUGGUGCUGCCGCCAGGUUUGAACCUGGUCCUGCGGGUUCAGAACUUGCGCUACACAGUGAAUGAAGCAGACCUGCUGGUACCCCAGCCCCCCUACUCAAGACAGGGCAGUGAGUCACCAAGGAAGGGCACCAGGACAUCACCCAGAAAACAGUCACAGGAGGCAUCGUCUAAAUCUAGGUCAACCUCACAGCCAAAUGCAUUCAAGCGCGUGUACGUUCCACACCAGCCCAGCACUGUGUACAUGGACAUGUCGGACGUAGAGAAGCAGCUGAAGAUAUACAGGUCAGAGAUUCCUCACGUCUUCCUGGCAAAAAUGUACAAAUUGAGCUCACCAAAAGAACAACAGCAGGAAAAAAGCACUGUGGCAAGCAACAAAAAUGGAGCCUCUGCAAAGAAUGGUGGAAAGGAGACGGGUACCCCCAGCGUGGGAACUCCACACGGACAUGGGUCAGACCAGGACUACAAGAAAGAUGAGAGUUAUUGUAUUGUGAGAGUGAUUGUGAUUGACAGGCGUAGACAGCUCAGUGCAGAACAUUACACGGACAUUGUGAGGCGUAUCCUGAAAGAGCAGCCACUGCUGAAGGGGCAUGUGAUCAUACCAGACAUGUUGAGACGCUUCCUGAAACUGGAUGUGACAGGGCGGGUCUGGAUACAGACCAUCAAGCCUUACCCGGAGACAGCAAAUGUGUUUGCUUUGUAUCCAUUGGGAAACUUGCCCACAAAGACAUCAUCUGACAUGAUUGAUGUAGCCUUCCGUCACUGGCUCAACACUGUGGCCAGUGAGGAGUAUCCCAUGGUUGUGUUUCAAGGACUGUUUUUACGUUUUCAGCUAAUGCAAGACAGCUACAUAGAAUGCCAGCUGACGUUCAACAACCCCACCUCCAGGGGCACCUAUACCUUACUCCACCCUGGCGUGGUGAGGGGUGUGACCCUCAGAGUUGUCAGUGGCAGCAGGCAUCAGGAGCUCACCCCACCCGUGAUCCAGUCCAUGCUGGCCUACAACAGCAUCAGCAGCCUUGACCCCUACGUCCCUUCUACAAGCCUGGAUUGUCUGGGAGGUUUUGAGAGCCUGGUAGACCUGGCCCUGUGGAAUGUUGAGGUGGCCCUGGGGUCUCGACGGCUCUACAGGGACAUGUUUCUCACCACGCCCGGGCUCCUCAAUGGCAUGCUUCUCAUCACGGGGCCCAAGGGGUCAGGGAAGACAACUCUGGUGCAGGCCCUAUGUAAUGAGCUCACCAGGCUACCUAACCUGGCCUACACUAUGUGUCUGGAUUGUAAACCUUUAAGAGGUAAGAAAGUGGACACAGUGCAGAUGACAUUUGAGAUAGUGUUUGAUGAGGCGGCCUGGCGCCAGCCUGCGCUGAUUGUGCUUGAUGACCUUGACCAUCUGGCCGGCGCCCCUGCAGGUCCAGAGUUUGAGAUGACCGGGGAGGCACAGUAUGCGGCCAGGAUUGCAGAGGUGUUGAAGGACUUGCUACGUAAGGAGGUGCGUAACCUGAGCCAAGUGGCUGUGGUGGCCACAACAAAGUCCAGAUCGUCUCUUCAUUCCAUACUUGUGUCUUCUAGAGGGACUCACCUCGUACAGGAAGUGUUGAGUAUUGGUCCCCCAGACAGGACACAAAGGAAAGCCAUCCUGCAAACUAUUCUUGAGAAGAAGAAAAAGCUUUCUUCUCAGUCCAUAGAGGGUGUUGACCUUGACCUGCUGGCACAGAGAACUGAAGGCUAUGUAGCCAGGGACAUAGAGAAUGUCAUCAACAGAGCUAUCCAUGCUAGUCUACUGAGUCAGGGGAGAGGUCCCCGCACUGAGACAGUGGUUGAGUUGUCUCAACAUGAUUUUGAUGCAGCUCUCCAUGGUUUCACACCGGCGUCCAUCCGGAACGUUCCACUCCAUGAGGCUGGAGACAUGGGAUGGGAUGACAUAGGGGGACUCACUGAAGUCAAGAAAACACUGGUGGAGACCCUGCAGUGGCCCUCAAAGUACCCCAGGCUGUUUGCCAACUGCCCACUGCGACUGAGGUCAGGCCUGCUGUUAUAUGGAGCCCCAGGCACGGGUAAAACUCUUCUUGCCGGGGUCGUUGCUAAGGAGUGUGGACUGAACUUUAUCAGCAUCAAGGGGCCGGAGCUCCUCAGUAAAUACAUAGGGGCCAGUGAACAGGCGGUCAGGGACACCUUUGUAAGGGCCCAGAGUGCUAAACCCUGCAUUCUGUUCUUUGAUGAAUUUGACUCCAUAGCACCUAGACGUGGCCAUGACAACACAGGUGUAACAGAUCGCGUGGUGAACCAGCUUCUGACCCAGUUAGACGGAGUAGAGGGACUCGAUGGUGUGUAUGUGCUUGCUGCAACCAGUCGUCCUGACCUGAUAGACCCAGCCCUGCUGCGACCUGGCCGCCUUGACAAGUGUCUGCUCUGUAGACUACCCAAUGAGUCUGAGCGGCUGAACAUCCUGAAGGCCUUGUCCAAGAAGGUGCCUCUGUCUGAUGACGUGGACCUGCAGCAUUUUGCUGACAGCUGUAAGGACUUCACAGGGGCUGAUUUCAAAGCCCUGCUGUACAAUGCACAGCUGGAGUCGAUCCACGAGUACACGACGAUGGUAGAGGCAGGCAGUGACUCCCUUGUUGCCCAGUACGGAAGCAAGCCCAGGAAAGAAGGGGCCUCCAGAAUGAAACAGGCAGCAAGCCUGCGUGUAAAUGUGGCCGCUAGUAAGAGGCAGCGUCACCGGUCGGGCAGCACCCUGGCCUACAUCCCCAGUCUGGAGGAGGGCAUCACCAUGGUGACCGCUGAGAUAGAGGAGAGGAUCAACCAUCAGGUGACAGAGAUCCACAACCGUGAGAGGCGUAUCUCUGAGCCGUUCCUGUUGAAUCCGGAGUCCCCCCACCUGACCAAGUCCCCCCUGAUGGUUACCCAGGCCCACCUGCUGUCAGCCCAGGGCAAGAUGAGGCCCUCUGUGUCAGGGGAGGAGAGAGCCAAGUACCAGAGAAUAUAUGAGAACUUUAUGUCGUCCCGAGGUAAACAUUUUGACCAGGCGAGACUUGACACAGCCAAGAUGAGGGCUACCUUGGCUUAGUAUGUUGAGGGUGGCCAGCAGGCGUGUGCAAUCUGGUAUACAGAACAUACAUCUAGGAAAUGUGAACAUUUUAUUGGGUGGACUUUGACUGAGUUUCAUGUACAACCAAUCAUCAAGCAGAGUUUUUGUUCUUUUCUGUUAAUAACAUGUCUGCAGUUGGCGAAUGAAGGUCUAAUGUAGAAUGUUUGUGGGCUGUUAGACUCUCUGGUGGUUGUUAUCAGGGCACACUAGUGGAAGGUAUCAACACCUGUUAUGUUGGAGAUCAGAGUUCAAGUACCAGUCGAGUGUAAUUAACCAUGAGCAGAAUAUGUGUAAUGUGAAGAUGUGGCACUGU